AUGCUUUACCUUGGCGUCGCGCUCAGCAAGAAUCCAGGUCAGGAAGAGAGGGCAAUCAAGAUCUUCCAAGAGGCGUUGGACAAUCUGGACAAAGCAACCUACAUGCCCCAUCGUGGCUUGAUUUGGGCCCGUGCAUACUUCAGCAGGACGUUGAGGAAGAAGGGGCGCGUCAAGGCGGCUAAGAAACAAGAGAAGCUCAUUCGGGAAUGGAUUUUGGGACAUCCAUACAGCAUGCCUCCAAGCGAGUUGAAGGAACUGGUGAUAGAGGAUGGGCAGAGAGACUACGUCUUUUCUCAUCCCGAAAUGAUGACUGUCUUUGGCCAAAUGGAGGAGAUAAAGGAUCCUGACACUGGUGCUGCGGUUGUCAUAGACAGCAGGAUGGGGGUCACAGUGACGCAACAACGUUGA